GCUGCAGAGCUGCACUCUGAUUCAUUUGUUUCAGACCAGCAGAAGAGAAGAAGCAGCAGAAGGACAAACUAGUAUAAUAACAGAGGAAAAAACAUCUCCUGAAUGGCACCGGGGACCUGCAGCAGAAACAUGGAGCGGUCAGACCUGAAAGGAAAGUCUAAGAGGAAGAGGAGGAGGAGGUGCAAAGGCAAAGGAUGCAGCAGCACGCCGUCAACCUUCAUAAGCCCCAUAAAACACUGGGAUACUGAAGCAUCAUCAGCUGAGGAUGCAGACAGUUCAAGUACCAGCAGUUUGGAGGUGAAGGAGAAUCAGGAUGACAAAUGCCAGGUGGAGCGUGACCUCCUUAGAAAGUAUCACCCAUCAACUUUUUGCACAACUUUCCCCAGAAAUGGACAAAGAGCUUUGAAGAGGAAGCAGCCGCUGGUGGACGGAAAAGACCAGCUGCUCUACCAAAGCCACUCGACCUGUAAAAGAGCAGCUUGGGGUGUGACUCAGAAGAACGCACUGGUGCACCUGAAUGAGCUACGACCAGGCCUGCAGUAUGAUAUCACAUCAAAGACUGGCCCGCUGCACGCACCGGUGUUUUCUGUAGCCGUGGAGGUAAACGGCUUCCACUUCGAGGGCCGAGGACCAACUAAAAAACAGGCCAAGAUGAGGGCUGCAGAGCAGGCUCUCCAGUCAUUCAUUCAGUUCCCAAACGCCUCCCAGGCUCAUGCCACCAUGGGGAACUUCACCAGCACACCUGUGGACUUCACAGCAGAUAAAGUGGAUAUUCCCAACGGAUUUUUCAAAGAGUUUGAGCCGUCGGUGCUUCGGAACUGUGAUCUACUCCACUGCAACGCAGCAAAAAAGGAGGUCUUCUCCAGCAUUUACAACCACAGAAGACUUGUUCGUCUAACACUGGACUUGGUGUCCUCUACAAAUCCAAAAAGACGAGCAGUCACCACCUCACUGUUAGAGGACCUCAGUCCAGUAGCACUGCUCAAUGAGCUGCGACCGGGGCUCAGGUACAUGUGCCUGACUGAGAGAGUUCCUGGCAGGCCGAUGAAGACUUUUGUUAUGGUGGUCAGGUUGGAGGGGCGGGUGUUUGAAGGGUGUGCCCCCAGUAAAAGACUGGCCAAGGCCAGAGCAGCAGCAACUGCCCUACAGUCUCUUUACAACAUAAGUCUGGGACCAGAGAGGACCUUCAUGGGCCUGCAGGACAGCAGGGCCAAAAAUCAGCUACCUCAGUUCUUUGCAGAGUCAAUCUUCCACUUGGUGAGAGAGAAAUACACAGCGCUCGCAGACAGCUGUUCCUCUACCUCGCACGCCCGACACAAGGUGCUGGCAGGGAUCGUGAUGACCAGAGGACUCGAUCUUCGAUCAGCACAGGUUGUGUCUCUGGCCACAGGGACGAAGUGCUUGGACUUGGGUGGUGUGAGCGACUGUGGCUGUACGCUCACCGACUGCCACGCUGAAGUCGUGAGUCGACGGGCGCUGGUUCGAUUCCUGUACAGUCAGCUGGAGCUGCUCCUCUGCAAGCCAGUGGACAGCGAGAAUCAGUCGAUCUUUAUACCAAAUAAAAACUGCGGUGAUGGCUUCCGGCUGCGGGAGGGCGUCCACUUCCACAUGUACGUCAGCUCGUCGCCGUGUGGAGACGCUCGACUCAACUGCCCCUACGAGACCACAGCUGCAUAUCCCAGCAGGAGAUUUCGCUGCCACCUCAGGGUGAAGGUAAAGGGAGGUGAGGGGACGCUGCCCAUCACGGCACGGAGAGCCAAUCAGAAAUGGGAUGGCUUAUCGCCGAGUAAACCUCUCGUUACCAUGUCAUGUACAGACAAACUGGCAAAGUGGAGCGUCGUGGGCCUCCAAGGGGCUCUCCUGUCUCACCUGGUGGAGCCGGUUUACCUCCAGAGCCUAACAGUGGGCACGCUCAGCCACACGGGUCACCUGGGUAGAGCUAUGGCACGCCGCCUCGCGCCCAUCAAACACCUCCCCUUCCCCUACAGACGACAGCAGCUGCUGCUCGGCUGUUUGAGCAGCAGGGACGCCCGGCCAGCAGGGAAGCCUCCCAACGUCAGCGUGAACUGGAGCUGCGGUGAUGGAGGCUGGGAGGAAAUCAGCACCUCCACAGGGAGGAGGAAGGACUCAGGGACGCCAUCGCGGCUCUGCAGGCGCUCGCUGUUUGCCCGCUGGCUGAGGCUGCAGCAGCAGCUAAUCAACCCUGUAAUCGGGGCAGAAUCCACAACAGGGACGUAUUGUGCUUCCAAGAUGUCUGCUCAGUGCUACCAGAGGGCGGUGCAGCAGUUCAGCAGCGCUCUGCAGGGAGGUGGUCUGGGGACGUGGCUGAGGAAACCGCCAAAACUGGGUCACUUCACUGUCAGUGUGUCAAAAACUGAGCGUUAAAUGGUGAUUAUGGAGGCUGCAGGUUUUCCUUUUGGCACCGCAUCACGAAGAAGUUUUAUUUUAUUUAUAAUAAACUACAAAAGUAAAAGUGGCCUGAACAGAGCUGGGACAGACAAAGUUAAAUAAUUGCAGAUUAAUACAACGUAACAACACUGUUAGAUAACAGACUAACAGUCUGAAUGAACAAUCUCCUCCUGUUUUGGUCCUGAUGCGUUAUAAUUAAUGCAGAGGGUCAAGAGGGCUUCAUGAGGUCCCUAAUGUGAAUAGCAAUUGUACUAAUAGCACCUCUCAAAUCUUUUGUACAAGUAAAGAUAGGCCAGCAUAUCCUCACCUUCCAGAAGUGUCCUAAUAAAGGUCUACAGCUCGUGUCAGUCCUUGUGAGAAAUUAAAACAAUAAAUGUACUGUAACAAACUUUAUCCCAACCAUAACCAACCAGCUGAGCCAGCGACACUGAAAUUUUAGCCGUGAAUCAGAAGAGAGUCCCAACAUUGAGUUUGAAAGAUUUCCCUCCUCACAAAUUUUGUGUUCUUGUUUAUUCUGUUUAGAAAUGUUGUGUUUGACGUCUUAUUAUCUUAAUGUAGGCUGGAGAGAGUGCUGUAGGCUCAGGAGUGUGAUGGCACACUGCCCCCUAGAGGUAGGUGGUGUGCUUUACAAACUGUAGAGUCGAGGUUUGAUGAGCAAGAAAGUCCCGUUUUCUCCUUUUAAUCUAACUUUAAUUUACUUUAAAAUAAGUCUCUGGAAUAUCUGUAAUUAAUGUGUUUCUAUGUUAAUUUAUAGGAAAAACUACAUUUUGUUGAAUGUGACCUAAAAGAGAACUUCUUAUGAAAGCCAUCGGUGUUGGAUACUAUGAAGUUUCCAUUAUUAGACAUGCAGAUUGUCUUCUAUAUUAGUCAACUAUUUUUAUCACUGGAAAUAAAAUUAUUUGUGUUA